CAAAAAUCCUCUUUUCACUUAGUCACAUGGCAUGCCAAUUGACUAGCUAAGUCAUUUCCAUGCUUUCUCGUUGAAUAUUGACCCACUUUGGCAAGAGUUUAGACAUGUUAAAACAAUGUCAUUUCUAAUAAUUAUGGGGUAAUUAACGGAAUAUGCCGUCAAAUUCCUAUUUUCUAACGGCGCUUUUUACUGUCUUAUUUUUUUUUUUUUGGUUAUUUAUGUUACUCUUAUUGUCACUUAAUUACUCCGUACUACAAUAAGGAUAUGCUGUUUAAUAUUCUUUCAUUUAUUACUAAUUCCACCCUUUUUCUUCGUUAUAAAGCUCACUAUUUUCCCAUUUCCAAUACUAGUGAUCUAUCAACAUUCAAGGAAAUUAAUUAAUUUUCAUAGAAAUUAAAAAUGAAGUUUGGGAAGCGUUUGAAACAACAAAUUCAAGAGACAUUGCCGGAAUGGAGGGACAAUUUUUUGUCAUACAAGGAGUUGAAGAAGCUUGUACGGCUCAUCUCCACCACGCCAAUGCUACCGCCACCGCCACCGCCACCGCCACCGCCCCAAGAUUUGUUACCGGAGUAUGGCAAGCACGAGUCUGAAUUUGUCUUCCUCUUAAAUAACCAGAUUGAUAAAUUCAACACUUUUUUCAUGGAGAAGGAAGAAGAUUUUAUUAUUAGGCAUAAGGAAAUACAACAGAGGAUUCAGAGAGUUCAAAAGACAUGGGGGCCAAAUGGAAGUCAUCCUUCAGAAAUAUGUUACAAAGAAGAAAUAAGUAUGAUUAGAAAAGACAUUGUCAAUUUCCAUGGUGAAAUGGUGCUUCUUAUCAACUACAGCAACAUCAACUACACUGGGUUAGCGAAGAUCCUAAAGAAGUACGACAAAAGAACAGGCAGUUUGUUACGAUUGCCAUUCAUACAAAAGGUCCUUGAACAACCAUUCUUUACGACAGAUCUCAUAUCGAAACUAAUUAAGGAAUUGGAGGCUACAAUAGACGCGAUGUUUCCUUCUGGAGUCGAUCAUGAAGAACAACAUGAUACUACUAUGACUAUGAGAAAGAGAGCAACAAAUUGCGAAAUGAUUGUUUUGGGUGAAGGCAUUUUUAGAAAUACAGUAGCAGCAUUAUUAACAAUGCAAGAGAUUAGGAGAGGAAGUUCUACUUAUAAUCAUUUCUCUUUGCCUCCUCUUAAUUUGCCUGACGUUGAACUUGUACAACCCAUCCUUUAAUUAUUAACCUUAGCUUCUUCCAAAUACCAAUUCUCUAAUAAAUUAUUAUAUAUACCACUUCAUUUGUGUUGAUCAUGUAUUAUCAUGGUUCAUUAUGUGAUCAAAAUGUUUGUAGAACCUUAACUAGGGUAAGUAGAUUGUGACAGGAGAAAUGGAUGAAAAGAAAUGGAGGAGAUACUAAUACUGCAUUGAUGGCAAUUUCACCUUUCUAGAAUGGUAUUAUUUGAUGAAAUUUUUA